GUGAGUCGAUCGAAAUGCCACGUAAGACUUUGCAAUACUGGAAGCCGGCUGUCUGUUGUGGUUGGUGAGAGGUCCAUAUUGUAAUGUCGGCAUGCUUCCAUUAACAAGUAAAGAUAGCUUUAAAAGUGACGACUUCAAACCAGGAGUGAAGCUAAAAUCGCGUUUCUUCGAAUGGAUAAAGGCAAUCUUCGCCAACGAGAGCUCAAGGAAUCUGUUCUUCUUUCUUCUGCUUAAUUUGUCGUUUGCUUUUGUGGAGUUGGCUUAUGGAAUAUGGACAAACAGUCUUGGUUUGAUCUCCGAUUCAUUUCACAUGUUCUUUGAUUGUACGGCGCUCCUAGCAGGUCUUAUAGCAUCAGUUAUCUCAAGGUGGGGCAAAAAUGAAAGAUUUUCUUAUGGGUAUGGCAGAGCUGAAGUGCUGGCUGGUUUUGUGAAUGGACUGUUUUUAGUGUUUAUAGCAUUCUUCAUUCUAUCUGAAGCAGUAGAGCGAGCUCUUCAUCCCCCAGAAGUGAAACAUGAAAGACUCUUUAUUGUAUCUGUUCUAGGAUUUUUUGUCAAUCUCAUUGGUAUCUUUGUUUUCCAUCAUGGAAGUGCGGCAGGGCAUGGACACUCACACGGUGGUCAUGGUCAUGGACACAGCCACGGACACUCCCAUGGCCAUUCUCAUGGACAUACACACAUGAAUGGUGGACAUAACCAUUCUCAUGAUUCAGGGUGUUCAGCCAAGGAAGGAAAAUUAGAAGUCUCCACAAGUAAAAUCAUGGAAGGAGUUUUUCUUCAUGUACUGGCAGACACAUUAGGAAGUGUAGGAGUAAUAAUAUCUGCAAUACUUAUACACCAAUUUGGCUGGAUGUUAGCUGAUCCUGUCUGUUCAAUAUUUAUUUCUAUUCUUAUUUUCUUCAGUGUAAUCCCACUUUUGAAAGAUUCUGUUGGAACACUAAUGCAGAGAAUUCCAGUUGGCUUGGAAAAGAAUGUGCAUAUUGCUUAUCAAAGGGUGAAUCAAAUGGAUGAUGUGUUUAGCAUUCAGGAUCCUCAUUUCUGGGCACUCAGCAGGUUUGUAUAUCUUAUUAGAUAUUUUUAUUUGCAUUCCAUUUCUGAGCAGCUGUUUAGGUUCAUUAAAUUGAGGUUCCACUGUACUUUUAAUGUACGUCUCAUCUUUAUAAACAGGUAUGGCAGAGCUGAAGUGCUGGCUGGUUUUGUGAAUGGACUGUUUUUAGUGUUUAUAGCAUUCUUCAUUCUAUCUGAAGCAGUAGAGCGAGCUCUUCAUCCCCCAGAAGUGAAACAUGAAAGACUCUUUAUUGUAUCUGUUCUAGGAUUUUUUGUCAAUCUCAUUGGUAUCUUUGUUUUCCAUCAUGGAAGUGCGGCAGGGCAUGGACACUCACACGGUGGUCAUGGUCAUGGACACAGCCACGGACACUCCCAUGGCCAUUCUCAUGGACAUACACACAUGAAUGGUGGACAUAACCAUUCUCAUGAUUCAGGGUGUUCAGCCAAGGAAGGAAAAUUAGAAGUCUCCACAAGUAAAAUCAUGGAAGGAGUUUUUCUUCAUGUACUGGCAGACACAUUAGGAAGUGUAGGAGUAAUAAUAUCUGCAAUACUUAUACACCAAUUUGGCUGGAUGUUAGCUGAUCCUGUCUGUUCAAUAUUUAUUUCUAUUCUUAUUUUCUUCAGUGUAAUCCCACUUUUGAAAGAUUCUGUUGGAACACUAAUGCAGAGAAUUCCAGUUGGCUUGGAAAAGAAUGUGCAUAUUGCUUAUCAAAGGGUGAAUCAAAUGGAUGAUGUGUUUAGCAUUCAGGAUCCUCAUUUCUGGGCACUCAGCAGGUUUGUAUAUCUUAUUAGAUAUUUUUAUUGUUCCUUUGUGCACCUCAGAAUGAGACGAUUCACUGUUAUUUGGAUUGGAACGCUGCGUCUGUUGGUUGCACCAACCGCUGACACACAUAAGAUUCUCAGCCAGACUCAUCACAUCUUUAUGGAGAUUGGAGUGAAACAGCUGUAUGUUCAGAUUGAACAUUCUUACUGAAGACACCCCAGGACACACCAGCCGUUCAAGAUUACAGGAGAAAAUUUCCAGUCGGUCCUUUAGCAAAGUCUGGACUUAAGAGAUGAGCGGAAAAAAAUCAGAGCCCAUAAGUCGUUUUAAACUUAGUUUUCGAACAUCGAACUUGGUUAUUUUUAUAACAGAUUUUAAAGCUUGUGUAAAGUGGACAUUAACCGAGUCGUGAAGCGGUGGAGUUCACUAUACCGAGCUUGUUGUUUCUGUUAAUUUUAAGUUCGUCGUUUACAUCUGUCUCAUUGUGACCAGAUCUCAGCCACUCAUCCUUGUUUAUUUUAUCAAUUUGAAGGUUUCCUUGAUCUGUAAACCGAGUAUCGUAUGAUCUGAGGUUUGAUAAUAAGUUUUCACAACGAUCUGAGGUGUGGAGAUGCGGAAGCAACAUAUUUGGCUCUGAACUAAACAAUAGUUUGGUAUCGUAAACAACUAUGUAUUGUUAAAGCCCAAAGUAGACCAGAGCAUGGGUACUUUCUGAGUGUUCAUGUGAACAUUUUUAUACUAUUUUUUCGACAUCGUUCACCUAACUUUCCAAUCUCCAAAGCUGUUUCAACUGUAGGUACUAUCACUAAUGGAGGCCUUAUGUCCGACUCUCAUUUUGAACUGUCUCGUAGAAUUUCAUUCGCGAAAAUAUGAAUGAUUCCUUGUCAACUGAGCGUGACUUUCAGCCAUCUUCUCUGGUUGCUUGCGCGGAAGUAAGCGACCAGACAAACCGGAUAAAUACAGGUAAUUGUCAGCCAAGUGGGCGAAUUUCUGAAACAGUUAAGAAAAUUUAUAUUUUGUCGAAAAGCCAUAAUUUAAGAGAGAAGAUGAAAUAUGUUCUAUAUUCCAAGCAAGAGAACCAAAGCGGGGAGGGGAGGGAGGGAGUAGGCUUGGAUGAGAAAGGCUUUGGCAUUCAAACAAAGAACAAUAUUGAAUUGAAUAAAAGUUUAACUCGAGUUACUUUGUAAAUAGAAUAAAUAAUGUAUUAUUUUCUUUCAUUUUCCUGUAAUAAGUACAAUACGCUGUGGCUCAAUCAAGUCAGUCUGGAGUCGCUAUUGUGGCAACAGCUGGGACAAGAAUUUCGAUCCCAGGCUCUCUCGCCUUUCCUGGGAUCGAGGUUGCUGGGGUAAUAAAAACUGUUACAAACGUCA